AUGAGCAGCGACGACAGCAAGAGCGCUCCUGUGGCGGCGCCGGCCAUGGACGCCAAGGCCAUGAAGGUCGCCAAGCGCGUCAAGAAGCUCCAGAAAGCGUCGACACCUAUCGCGCCCGUGAGCAAGCUACCGGCGUGGCUUACGUCCGACGUCGACCUGUUUGACUUUGAUUGUAACCUAACGCACCCCGAGUUCGAAGGCCAGGCGCCCGCGCUCAUUGCCGAGGCCAAGGAGGUCCGCGUCACGCAGAUGCUCGUGCCCGGUGCGACGCUCGAGGAGAGCCGGCAGUGCUUGGACCUCGCACGGCUGUACCCAACGGUACUCUUUCCGACGGCCGGCGUGCACCCGUACAACGCCACGUCGGCGUUCGACCCGGCCGCUUUUGCGAUGCUCUCGGAGCUCGCCAAGCAGCCCGAGAUGGUCGCUGUCGGCGAGUGCGGCCUCGACUACUCACCGGGUUUUCCGUCGCCUGAGUUGCAGCUUGAGUGGUUCCUGCCGCAACUCGACCUCGCGUGUGACCUGCAAAAGCCGCUCUUUCUCCACGAACGCCUUGCGCACGAGCCGUUUGUGGCGGCACUGACGGAGCGCGCCGCCAAGCUGCCGCCGGCCGUCGUGCACUGCUUUACGGGCACGGCCGCGGAAGCUGCGACGUACGUCAGCAUGGGCCUCUACAUUGGCGUCACGGGGUUCAUUUGCAAGUCCCACGGCGCGACCCUCCAGUCGCUUCUCCGCGACGGCGUCGUGCCGCUGGACCGGCUCGUGGUCGAGACGGAUGCGCCGUACAUGGGCUUUCCGCACUGCCGCAAGCUCGCAGCCGCGCACCCCAAGAAGCAGUAUCCGAACGUCGCGACCGCGCUGCCCAGCGUCGUCGAGGCGCUCGCCGAGUGCUUGGGCCUCCCGGCCAAGGACGUUGCGGCGGCCACGACGUACAACGCGCGCAAGUUUCUUCGCUUGCUCUAG